AAUCUGACGCGCUUGUUGACAGGUUCCGGCGCGCGCUCUUCCGCUGUGCUGUGUCAGAUUGCGAUUAUUAGCUAUUAGUUAUUGAUUAUUGGAAUAUCAGUCUGUAAAAUUGACGCCAGCGGUGAACAUGAUAAAAGCCAUUCUGAUCUUUAAUAAUCAUGGCAAACCACGACUGUCAAAAUUCUACGAGCAUUACACCGAAGACACAGAGCAGCAGAUCAUCAGAGAAACCUUUCAUCUGGUGUCCAAACGAGACGAGAACAUCUGCAACUUCCUGGAGGGAGGACUGUUAAUCGGCGGCUCGGAGAACAAGCUGAUCUACAGACACUACGCCACGCUGUACUUCGUGUUCUGCGUGGAUUCGUCCGAGAGCGAGCUGGGCAUUCUGGAUCUGAUCCAGGUGUUCGUGGAGACGCUGGACAAGUGCUUCGAGAACGUGUGUGAGCUGGACCUGAUCUUUCACAUGGAUAAGGUGCACAACAUCCUGGCGGAGAUGGUGAUGGGGGGCAUGGUGCUGGAGACCAACAUGAGCGAGAUCAUCACGCAGGCGGAGGCACACAACAAGAUGGAGAAGUCUGAGGCUGGGAUCGCAGGGGCUCCGGCGCGUGCCGUGUCGGCCGUCAAGAACAUGAACCUCCCAGAGAUGCCCAAGAACAUCAACAUCGGGGACAUCAGCAUCAAAGUGCCAAACCUGCCGUCUUUCAAAUAGUGAACACUGCACGUCUCUGAAACUGUGUUUACCAGAAUCACACAGAUCUUGUGUUGCAUCACAGACGAUGGAAGCACUGUGUGAUGCUGUCAGUGAAGUAUUUGAUUCUUCUGUCCUCUCUGUGUCUCGCUGCUGUGUUGGAGGUCACGCAUGUGCGUGUGCACAUGUAUAUGUGUGUGUGUGUGUGUGUAGUGCUCUCAACAUCACAUCUAACAAACAUUCCAGUAUGGAAAUAUCUCGAUGACGCUGUAUAUACCUAAAUUAUAAGAGUGUAUGUAUGUAUUCAAAGAAUAUUUAUAUAUGAUUUGUCUUCUCUUUUCUCAUGCUGGUAGUUUUGCUUUGGUUUUUAAGCAGUGCUUCCAUUUCCUUUUGCAACAAAAUAAAGUAUCAGAUUAUUUUUUCUUCUCUA